AUGGGAGUCCACCCUGAAGCCAGCAAGUCCCCGGUCAACGUCCCCAAAAGCUCCAGCACCUGCUCCCGCGGUAUCUUCUGCAACAUCAAGGUAUUUGUGUUGUGCCAUGGCCUUCUGCAGCUCUCCCAGCUCCUCUACAGUGCCAACUUCAAGAGCAGCCUCACCACCAUCGAGAAGCGCUUUGGGCUCUCCAGUCUCUCUUCAGGUUUCAUCUCCAGCUUGCACGAGAUUGGCAAUGUGGUCCUCAUCAUCUUUGUCAGCUACUUUGGCAGCCGAGUUCACCGCCCGCGGGUGAUCGGAGCUGGGGGGCUGCUGCUGGCGCUGGGAGCGUUCCUGGUGACCCUUCCCCAUUUCCUCUCGGAUCCCUACGAAUACACCACCAUUAGCACCGGUAACAAGACCAAGGUCCAGGCUGAGCUCUGCUAUGCAGAGAACAAGUUUGUGUGCCCAAAUGCCACCCAGGAUCCCCAGAAGGAGGCCAGCAGUGUGUGGGCAAUGAUGGUCGUUGCCCAGCUGUUGGCUGGAAUCGGGACGGUUCCCAUCCAGCCCUUUGGGAUAUCCUACGUCGAUGAUUUUGCAGAAGCAAACAAUUCCCCGCUGUACGUUGCCAUCCUCUUUGCCAUUGCGGUGUUCGGCCCUGCUUUUGGAUACCUGUUGGGGUCUGUGGUGCUGCGGCUCUUCGUGGAUAUUGGAAGAGUUGACAUUGCAACGGUGGCCUUGACACCGAAGGACCAGCGGUGGAUCGGGGCCUGGUGGCUGGGGCUGCUGAUCUCCUCCGGCUGCUUGGUGCUUACAUCCAUUCCCUACUUCUUUUUCCCUCGGUACAUGCUGAAAGGAGAGGACCCCAACUCGGAGGCUGGCAUGCUGAGGAAGAUGGAGAAGAGGGGGCUCGAAGAAACCUCCCUGCUGGAAUUUAUAAAAAGAUUCCCAAAGGUCUUCCUCAAGCUGCUCCUCAACCCCCUCUUCAUCCUCCUCGUGCUUGCUCAGUGCAGCUUCUCCUCGGUCAUCGCGGGUCUCGCCACCUUCCUCAACAAGUUCCUCGAGAAGCAAUAUGGCGCCACCUCCUCAUAUGCCAACUUUCUUAUAGGAGCUGUGAACCUGCCAGCAGCAGCACUCGGGAUGCUCUUAGGAGGAAUCGUCAUGAAACGCUUUGCCUUCUCCCUCCGAGCCAUCCCCCGGUUCUCUGUGGUGGUGCUCGUUUUCUCCAUCCUCAUCUGCCUGCCCAUUUUCUUCAUGGGCUGCUCCACGGUGCACAUCGAUGGCAUCUACCCCUCCAGAACAUCGAGUUCCCAGCCACAGGUUAAGGCGCCGAGUGGGUGCCACUGCUCCGAGCACAUCUUUCACCCGGUGUGCGGAGAAAACAACGUGGAGUACAUCUCACCCUGCUUCGCUGGCUGCACCAACAGCAGCACUAAUUCCUCUGCUCCCAAGCAGGUGACCUACAGGAACUGUUCCCAGAUCUCUGCCGGGAAUGGGUUUUCCUCCGCCAAGACCGGCUCCUGUCCCCUCAGUUGCUCCCACAUGCUCCUUCCUGCCAUCUUCCUCAUCUCCUUCGCUGCCCUGGUAGCCUGCCUGUCCCACAACCCCCUCUACAUGAUGGUUUUACGGGUGGUGAACCAGGAGGAGAAGUCAUUUGCCAUCGGCGUUCAGUUCUUGCUAAUGAGGCUGCUAGCUUGGCUGCCGGCUCCAGCCAUGUUUGGUGCCCUCAUCGACUCCUCCUGCAUCUACUGGCAGAAACAGUGCUCUCAGCGCCGCUUCUGCGCCUACUACAACAACGACUUCCUCCGCAACAGAUACCUGGGGCUGCAGGUGGGGUACAAAGUGGUGGGCACUGUGCUCCUCGCCCUCAUCGGCUGGAAAGUGAAGAGGAGCAAGGAGUACAAUGUACAGGAGAAGGCAGCGGGACUGGUGUAGCCUGCCCAAGGACUGACUCUGCACCUCCCAUCCUCACCACAACUACCUUGUCUUUUGGGGAGUUUUGGUGGUAUUUUUUUGUUGUUUUGUAAGGGAGCAACUUCACGAUAGCAGCUCUGAACUCCUCUCGCGACACACACAGCAGCCGGUGACCAGCCCGUGGCAAUGGCAUCUCUGUGCUCCCGGCAAGGGCUGGUCCUCGCCAGUCCCAUUUUGGCUGCCCACCUGGGACACAUCAUGAAACAGCUCCUCCCAGGCUCUUGAUCCAAGUCUCACCCAUCGCUUCAGGCUCCCCAGGGAGCAGGAGGUAGAUGGGACUGGAGCGCAGCCCUAUCCUGUAUACCCAGAGAUGCCAGCAGUGGUCCUGGCCUUGCUCCACUGUGACUUUUCCAGCCAGGGGAUUCCCCCUGGCAAGGACAGGAGCAGGGUGAACGGUUGCCAAGUCCUGGGGGCUUCCCUGUCUGCCCCUGCCCACCCCUCUUGCACAGGUCAGCGUGGACGCGCACAGGCAUUGUGAAAAGCCAUCAGUUGCGGUCUACUACAGAACAUUUUGGGGUGGGUUUGGUUAUUGUGUUGUGUUUUGUUUGGUUUGUUUUUUUAAUAAAGGUCACUUUUCCAACUGCA